GCGUUGCGAGCGUUGCUAAGGAGAAGUGUGGAAGCGCGGGGUGAAUGUGAAUUCUCCGUUUUUGAUAAUAAAAAUUGAUUGAUGUGCGGGAUCAGCUGAUUGCUCUGUGCAACAGCAAAAUUAUAAUAAAACGUCGAAAAUGUCGGACGAUAAGAACAGCAAAGACGUUUCUGUGGAUGCAGAAUUGAAUGAAUUAUUGGACAACGCGUUGGAGGAUUUCGACAAGCCUCCAAAGACCACCAAUGCUGCAUCCAAGGCUGAAGGUCAAGCAGAUUCUUCCACUCCGCAGACCAGUGCCAAUGAUGUUCCAGAUGAACUCGUCGACGAGACGUGGCCUCAGGAUUUUAUUAAACAAGCGGCGGACCAAUUUGAAAAAAAUUUACAGAAUCUCAUGAAUAAUGGAGUGGAAGGAGAUUUGGGAGCUUCGUUACAAAAAAUGGCUCAAAGCGUGGCCAGUGCGAUAGGAACCAACCCCUCGGGAUCGGAUAGUGACAGUCCAGAUUUUCAAGCUGCCAUUGCCCAAGCACUGAAAGACUUGUCCGCAACGACGGAAAAUUUGCAGAAUGCUGGUUCUGGUUUAACUGAGGCUGAUCUCGCUGCAAUGUUUGGUCAAGCUUCGCUGGAAGAUGGUUCAAAUGACAUACUCCCAUUUAUGCAUGGGAUGAUUCAGUCACUACUCUCAAAAGAAGUUUUGUACCCAUCGUUAAAGGAACUCGUUGACAAAUAUCCUGCCUGGUUAGAGGAAAAAAAGACUACGCUGCCUCCUGAUGAUUUGGAAAAAUACAAUAAACAGUUGGAGCUCAUGCAAAAGGUAUGUACAGAAUUGGAGAAUGAAAAUGAAACUGACUCGGAGGAAGUUAAGAAGCAACGUUUCGACACGAUAUUAGCUCUAAUGCAAGAGAUGCAGAACUACGGUCAGCCACCGGAGGAACUGGUCGGUGAUCAACAAUCAGCCUUUUUCCAAGUCGAUGCGGAUGGUAAUCCAGUGAUGCCACCAUUGCCAGCUGGAGUUGAAUCGCCUCAGAAUUGUAAUAUCAUGUGAUGAGGCUCAACGAGUCUAUUACGAUGAUAACGUUAUUCGAACGUGCAUAAAAUUUUCGUGAAGAUAAAAAUAGUAGUACUCGAAAAUCGUACUCGUUUGACAGGUACAUAGAGUGUUUUCAUGAAAGUUGUGGUCAAAAGAAUUAAAGGAAAGGGACACGAAAUUGAGAGCAGAAAAAAGCGAUCGACGCAAAAAGAACAUUCGAUAUUUAUCAUUUUCUUUUCAUCAACAUCGAUAUUGUUUUUUUUACGCGUGACACAAAUUUCUAUCUUUGACACGUUAUCUUGUUAUUUAUAUAAUUUUCAACGACUUCCCUGAACGGAACACAACGCAUAAAAUCUCUACGUGCACAUACGAGUAAUUAAUUUAUUGUUGAAGGUUUUACUGGCGCUCAUUCUAGGCGCUGCUUUUGUUAUUCUUUUUAAACGACGUAGUUCGUUAACACCGAAGGUAUAUCUUGUAUGUAUAUAACAAUAAAAUAUACGUAUACUUUUAAA